UAUUCCCUUUUAUUUGUUUCUUAAUUUUAAAAGAGAAAAAAAGAUCCUUUUUACUUAGUAUUCCUUUUAAAAUAUUAUUUUUAAUAUUUUUAAAUUUUUGGUGAUUGCUAAAUUGCCCCGCCAUUACUUGUUCUUCGGUGUUCAAACCACGAUUUGCCCAAAUUGCCAUUUGAAUUUUACUUUCUCUUGUUAAGUGUAGCGUUUCUUGCGUUUUCAUUCCACCAUGUGUUGUUUUUGAGAGAACAGAGAAGAACAGAACUUUCUAGGGUUUUUUGAGAAUUGGGUUUCUGGGUAUUUUAAACUGGGAAAUUUUACGAGGGAAAAAGAUCUAAUUCUUUUAGUAAAAAAAGAAGUAAACUUUGUGUUAGUGGAAUUGAUAUUGAGUUGAUUUAUGUUAUUUUAUGGUUGGUUGUAGUGUGUAAGAAAAAGGCCAAUUUCUGUUUAGACAAAUGAAGCGAAAAAAGGGCAUAAGAAAGGAAACAAGGUGUGGUUUAUGAGAAAAUGGAAGACAGUGCUAAUUCCGAUGUGCCUUCGCAUAGUGAUACCGACAAGAGCAGUCCACAAAUAGGGUUUGAGAGACAAGGUGUGGUUUAUGAGAAAAUGGAAGACAGUGCUAAUUCGUCAGCCGAGAUGAAAAUGGGUGCUUCUAGUGGUGUGUCGAGGAAAGCUGGAAGUAUCAAGAUUAAGUCGUCUAGGAUGUUGGCUGGUUCAAAUGCUGAUAAGAGUGGCAAUGCCAUAGCCGCAGAACGUGAGGGUUCUUUCCAGAAAGAAGCAAAGAUGCAUCGUCUAGGUUCUCGGUAUAAUAAGCUAGAAUUAGAUUCUGCUCUAACGGUGAUCAAGAAAGUGAUGAAAAUGGAAGCAGCUGCUCCCUUCAAUGAGCCUGUCAACCCUGAAGCUCUAGGGAUACCUGACUAUUUUGAUAUCAUAGACACACCAAUGGAUUUUAGAACGAUAUGCAACAAUCUUGAAAAUGAGGACAAGCAUAUGGAUUCAGAGGACGUGUUUAAGGACGUACAAUACAUUUGGGAUAAUUGUUGCAAGUACAACAACAAAGGUAAUGCUAUCUUGGACCUAAUGAGGCGGGUGAAGAAGAACUUCAUGAAGUAUUGGACAGCAGCAGGAUUAUACACUGAACGGUCAAAAGGAGCAAAUGGUGCUGAUGGUGGUGAUGUCGACGAUGGUGCACUUUUCAGCCAGGGGAAAAUGCAUAUAAAAGGCAGUCAAUCAAAAAUGAAAAAGAAACAUGGGAGGAGACAUAAAAGUGAUUGUUUAUGUGCUAUUUGCGUCUUGAAGCGGCAUAAGAGAGAGUGUGAGGCAAAUGCUCGAAUGGCUAAUAAAGGUCAGAGUGGAGUCCAGGAUUUCCAGCAAGAGGAAUCUUCACCUGUUGGUAGUUUUUACGGUGAUGAUUUAUCACCAAAUAUGGAUGAAUCAGUGGACCCAUAUGCAGAUACCGAGGUGGAAGGUGAAGGAGAAAAGGUGAAAAGGGAGUUGUCUGAGCAUCAAUAUAGCCAUAUGGAGGGGAGGCAUGAGGAGGAGGAGGAAGAUGACGAAGAAAAUGAGAUGAAGCCUAUGAACAAAGAUGGUCAUCGAACAAAAGAGCAAUCACGGUUAAGAGGUAGCUUGUCAGAGCAGCCGAGUAGAAAAUCUCUGCCUGAAGCAAUGGAUAAGUCCGGUGUAGUAGCCCUAAACCAGAGAGGAUCUACUCCAUCACAAAAUGAGGAAAAAAGUAAAGAAGUUCAGCAGCAGAGAUACAAGGAGUCUCAAGAAAGGCAACAAAGAUCUAAAAUGUUGGAGAGCUUCCGCUUCGAGAAUCUCGUGCUCCUUAACUUAUGUGGAAUUCUCUUUCCUGGCCCUCAUUCGUUGGCUCAGAAUUGGGGUUCUCGAACUAGUUCAAUUCAUGCAGCUAUUGAGACUUUCAUGAAGUAGAUUAUGGUAUUUCUCGUGGUCCCUUUGUCAAGUUGUAUUUGACAUAACUUUGUAAACUGGCAUGGUAAACUAGGUGAUAUGCAUAUUACCACUGUAAAUUAUUAGAUGGAAAACACAAGAAUGCUCAGACACUA